GUGCGUGAGCCAGGCAUGUAUGGCGUGGUGUAUAUUUACAUGUGUACUUCGCUGAUUCUAAGAUUAAAUUUUUUUCCUAUACAUAUUUCAGAUUAUCAACAUCUAGCUCAUCCCGAUGUCACUAAAUCAUUUACAUUAAUUAGCUAAUGGUCAUAGGUAUAAGUCGCAUAAGAGAACACGGACAAUAUCGUUGAAACAUAACCUAUAAUACUGUCAUUUCUCAAGUUCCUUCACUUCAUAAAAUAAAUAUUUAAACAAAGAUAAUAUAUAUGCUUUCAAUAUGUUCAGUACCAGAAAUAUUCGUGGAAUUAGUAAUGUCAGUGCUCUUGUCAAACGACAACUUCAACAAAAUACAGUAACUGCAAAGAAAGAGUCCACUGAAGUUCAGUUCAAAGUUCCAUGGGGUAUUAUUGCAGGAAAAUUGUGGGGUGAUGGAAACAAACAACCAAUACUGGCUCUACAUGGAUGGCAAGAUAACGCCGGCUCGUUUGAUUUGUUGGCUCCGCUUCUGAAGAAUCGAUCCAUUCUAGCCAUAGAUGCACCUGGCCACGGUUUAUCCAGCUGGCUUCCAAAAGGGAUUCCCUACCACGAUUCAAUGUCCAUCCACAUAGUCCGGAGAAUAAAACGCCAUUUUGGCUGGGAGAGAAUCAAACUUCUUGCACAUUCUGCUGGUGCUUUAACUAGUUUUAGUUGCGCUUCUAUGUACCCUGAUGAGAUUGAAUUUGUCGUUGCUAUCGACGCUCUUCAUUAUAUUCCUUUAGAUUUCUCAAGACUCUUGAAUAGAAACAAGAAGAUUGCGAGACAUAUCGAUACCUUUUUGGACCAAGAAGAGAAAAAUUCUCCAGCUCCUUUUCACACAGAAGAAGUGGCAAUACAGAGGUGGAUUAAAGGCACAUCUGAAUCCUUGAAUGAAAUUGCAGCCAGGACACUGCUCAUUAGAGGUGCGACGAGGAAAGAAGACGGAACAUAUUCUUAUAAUCGAGAUCCGAAUGUCAGACUUAAUGCUGCAAAUAUCGGCUUUACUAUUGAACAGUUGAGGGCGUCAGCUGAGCUUAUAAAAUGUCCUUAUUUAGUUUUGAGAGGAGCAGAGUCAAAAAUGGAAGAAACUCUUUUUAAUGGUGUCGCCGACAUAAUGCAAAAUGGUUGUAAAGAGUUUUCUCUUCACACUGUUCCUGGAACGCAUCAUUUGCAUAUGGUGAAUGCUGAGGGAGUUGCGGAGAUUGUUAAUCCAUUCUUAGAUCGAUACGAUAAUUGAAUUUAGUAAUUGAGUAGACCAUCAUUUUAGAUUAUUUAUUCUAUUCUAGAGAAAUAGCCACUACUUAUGAUUCAUGGAAGAGCGUUCUUCAUAUACAAAGAAAUUCAAGCUUGUAAUUUGAUUUUGUUUAAAUAUUUAAAUUAAUUCAAGCGUCUGCAAUAUUAAUUUCAUGUUUUCGCCAGUGGAGAGUUUAGAAAUAAUUAUAUAUUUGCAGGGGUGUCGGAACAAUUUUUUUCAUGGGUGGGCUCACCCAAAAUAUGUUCAAAAAUAUAAAUUUAAGAUAAAUAUUAUGUUUAUUUUGUUAUUAGAUUUAGUGAUUUGAUGGGUGGGCUCAAGCCUACCCAGCUCACACGGCUUUGGCGCCCCUGUAUAUAUGGUGUCAUUUUCAUAGACGACAGUUUCUCCUAGUGGGAUACUACGGUGGUUGUUUAACUAUUUUUGAAACUCUCUCUGUAUAUUUAUAUAUGCAGGCUGUUCCAGUCUCAGGUGUUUAUACGGAUUUAUACGGCUAUAUAUAAAUUUUAAAAAUCCUGAAUAGUUUACAACUCAAAAACUAAACCUUCAACUGAUUUUCGAAAAAAAGGAAUUUUAGAUUGAAUAAUUUGAUUUUUAUACUGCUAUAUAAGGCCGGAGAUUUGAGUCUCGGACAUCCUGUAUAUACAGAGUAAUGUACGUAUUUAUUUUUUUAAUAACUCACAAUUAACCUUAUUUCUAAGAUUGCGCUAAGAUUUUAUUAGUUUCCUAUCUUUGUUAAUUGAUUUAACAUUACAGAAACUGGAAAGUGUUUAAAUAAUUGUUAAUUAAUUCGUCAAUGUACAAAAAUAAAUUACUACAUAUUUUUAAAAUAUACAUUCUGAGGUUGAUACCAACUUUUUGUUUCUCCAGGUUUUGGAACAAAAGAAAUUUGAAGUUAUUAUUUGGUUCAAAUAAAAGCUUUUAAGUAACUGUUUGAAAUUGCAGAAAGUUUUCAAAGCUUCCUGCUUUUUUUUAAAGGAAAAUUGUGGGGUUCUCCCGGAAGACAACCAUUUUUGGCUCUUCAUGGAUGGCAAGAUAAUGCAGGAUCAUUCGAUCUACUCUCUCUCUCUCUCUCUCUUAAUAAAAAAUUCUUCAGUAUUG